UCCACCAAUCACAGACCAGCGCGCUCGCCGCCAUGUUUCUCUAGGAUUCUUAAGAAGUUGCUGUGAGCUUACGAUUAUUUUGGAAUUUAUGGGAUUUUAGUGGAUUUUGCCGUCAUCAUACUUCAAGAUGGCCUCCGAUGGGCCUGGAAAGUAUAGGGAACGGAAAAGUAGAACGACAAAGCCGUAUGAUCGGCCCAAGGGUAUCAUCCGGCGAGUGACAGAUUCUGUCACUGGUCUGUUUUCAGCAUCUUGGCUAUCUGGGUGGAUGGGUGGUGAAGAUGAGGAGGAAAGUAGUGACCAGCAAGCUGGAUCCUCGCAAACAUCCACUGAGGCACCUGCAGGGGAAUCCUUUAUAUUUGCUCAGCCAGUUACUGCUCGUCGCCCAUUUAGACCUAUUUAUCCUGAAGAAGGUGAGACGGAAGCUAACAGUCAGCAGUCUCUUGGCAUUAAUGAGGGGGCUAGCACGAGUAGUGGAGUAAGAAUGAGUGUACCCACGGCUGCGUCAGUGGGCAUUUCCUCCACAACCUCCAGAUCAUUGCAGCUGAUUGGGGACACUCCCAGUCCAACUUUAUCUGGGCGAAGACUUCCCAUAAUUUCUUCCACACCGGCCCCUAUGUUCAGUGCACGUACCAAGAGCCAGUUGGAACCCCGUUCUUUACCACUUCUAACAACUUCAACUCCAACAGGGGAUGAUGGUAGUGAAAUGAGUGAAUCAUCAGUAGACACAGGUGUUGAUGCUUCUGUAAUUCCACGACCAGAUGAGCGAGAUUAUCAGCGUGAGAUCCUGCAGCUCGAUGAUGAAUCUCUUCAAACAUUACGAGAUUCCUUGGCAAAAUCAGUGCCAGCAGCACCUGUUGCACAGCCAGCAGGUGCCCUACCAUCCCUAGAAGAGACUCGGAAAAGACCCCGGGAUUUGGAGCCAGAUCAUACCAGCGUACGUGCUGAAGGCAGUGUUAGCAGUAAGUCCCUGUUUAGUGAGACUUCAGAUAUUGUGCUUGGACAACCACAGCCAUCUGGGAUGACAAGCAAGAGACCACGCUUUAAUGCAUCUAUAUAUGGCACUCCUAUGCUGGGGGACAAAUCUGUUUUAAGUGAUUCAACUUUCAAGUCCUCACCUUUCUAUCCUGGUAAAACUAUGUAUGGAGGUGCAUCAGCCUAUAGAAGUAGAAGAUUGCAGUCACGGACUCCUCAUCAGACUUCACGUGCUCAAGUUAGAGCAAAAGUGGCAACUGAAUCGACAGAUGACGGCGGCCUCAGUCAGGCUGCCCGACGUAUUUUAGAAAGCUUGGAACAAAUGUCAACACCCAUAUCAGAUGCCAAACGUAUACCUACCCCUACCCCUGGUCAGAGAGGCAGCUUCUUAGAUGCAGCCCCAUCCUACACAGCUGCCUUUCACAGACAUCGACCAGUUUUAAGACCAUCAGCACCCCCAACAUCUAGACUUCUAACUCCAACUAAGCUAACUGUCCAGGAGAACCUCACCACUUCUCUUCUUGCCACAUCUUCAGCAAGUACCUCUCUCUCUUCUGGUUCACCUUCUCAUAAGAAAUCUACAACUUCAGAAGAGGCCCCUCAACCCACCACAAAGGUUACUGUAACAGAACAAGGAGAAACAAAAAAACCAACAAAACUUGCCUCUGAAAAUUUUUCAGCUUCACCCUUUUCUAAAGCCGCAGCAGAAGCAACAGCAAUAUUCAAGUCCUCACAGCCCACAGUGUCUUCAGUGACACAGGCUGAUCAACCAACAGAUGUGUUCAAGUUUGGUUUACCUAGCAACAGUAGUGCCUCUGAAAAUACUUUUGAAUUUGCUUCUAGACCUUCUACAACCAUGUCUACAUUCACAAGUGAUUCACCACAGUCAACAAAGAAAUUCGGUGGCAAGAUAAAGUCUAAAAUCGCAGAUAGUGGAAGAACUUCCAAUAAACGUGAAGUUGAUGAAAUUAUAGAAGAGCCCCAACUCCCAGCAGUGUCUCUUAAUAUGUCCUCUCUUCCGACAAUCAAUCUGUCAAUCCCGUCUCCAGUGCAGAGUUUACCCACAAAACUAUCCUCUUCACCAGAGGGUUUCAAAUUCUCAACUCCAGAAAUUGUGGAUACUCAUUCAACUAGUGAAACUCUUACCAGUGCUCCAAAGUUUACAUUCAGAAGUCCUGCUCUAAUUGGGGAGGGUAAUCUCACUGGUGAUGAUCUCGGUACCACAGUUGCUUCAACUCCACCCCCAAUGUUUAAUAGCAGUAGCCAAAGGUCAGCCCCAAAACUAAAGGCAAAUAGUAAGAAAGCUGUAGCACCCACAGCUGAAAAACUUAAAAGAGGAAGCGUAUUGGACUUUCUUAAGGGAAAUGAUCAAGAUAAAGUUACCACCACCUCCUCACCAGUGUCUAACAGUCUUGGAGAAAAGUUAGAGAAAAUAGAAACACUUUCAAAAGUUACAAAUACUGGUUUUCGUAAGUCAGUGUCUGAACAGUCUGUCAAUAAUGUGGCCAAGGAAACUGAAGUAUCACAAGGGUUUCAGGGCUUUGGUUCUGCUUUCAAAAAGUCUAGUGAGGAAUGGGAGUGUAAUGCAUGUAUGAUCAGGAAUAAGAAUUCAGCUGAUAAGUGUGUUGCAUGUGAGACCCAAAGACCUGGACAGAAUUUUUCCAUUAGAAGUAAAGAGGCUACUUCAUGUGCAGCUAAUGUAGAUAAAACUUCUUUACCAAUAUUAGAUAGUGAAAUGGGGUGGGGGGAUGCUUUUAAAAGGUCUGCAAGUGAGUGGGAGUGUAAUACAUGUAUGCUACGUAAUAAGGACUCUACCGAAAAAUGUGUUGCUUGUGAAACUCGUAAACCUGGAAGUGAAACUGUAUGUGCAGUGUCAGCUGAAGUUAAUAAAAUUGUAGAUAUUAAGGAAGGAAAAGUAAAUUCUGGUUUUGGUUCUGCAUUUGCAAAAGGCAAAGAUGAGUGGGAGUGUGACACGUGUUUAGUUAGAAACAAAAGUGAAGACACAAACUGCAUAUCGUGUGAAACUCCUAAGCCAGGUGCUGCUAGUGUGUCUCCCAUAACUGGAAACUUUAAAUUUGGUGUAAAUGACUCAUCUUCCACAGAUCCUACUUUUAAGUUUGGUUUAAGUAACUAUCAGACUACUGUUAAAUCUUCAAGUGGAUUUAAUUUUGGAGAUAGUGCCAAAAGUACAGAAGUCAGUGACAGUAAAGGAAAUUCAGGGUUCAAGUUUGGAGUGCCAGAGAAGCCAAAUAUCUUGACUGGGUUUUCUUUCAAUUCCAAUUCUGAAAGUGUACAGUCAAAAGAAAAAAGUCAGUGUGGUAGUGGUGGUUUUAAUUUUGGGAUUCAGUCAUUGGACUCUAAAGACAAAGAAAUAACAGAUAAAGCACCAAGUUUGUUUCCCAUUAGUAUAUCAUCCGAAAGUAGUUCAGAAACUGGACCUGCUCCUAAUCUUGUAUUUAAGUUUAGUUCUGGAAGUAAGACACCAGUUGCCUUUAGUUUUGGAUCAGGAACAGAGGUAAAGACUGCUGUAAAAGAAGGUGUGGGUAAAAGUAUUCCCAAUGAAAUAAAUCCAACAAUAGAACUUAAGUCGGGCAAUAGUCAUGAUACAGUUAAUAAGGAAAGAGACAUAAAAUCAAAUGAUAUGUUUUCAUUUGGCUCUAAGGCUGAUAAUGUGGAUGGAGGUAUCACUAAACCAUCAUUUACCUUUAAUAAUGUCAUAACAUCAGGAAAGGAUAAUGACACAAAAAACACAACUACAUCCUCUUUUGGAGCCCCGAAGGUUACAGAAUCUGUAUCUAAUCCAUCAUCUACUCUAGCCUUUGGUGCUAAUUCAGGGGGAAAUGCUUUUCCACCUGGAGAGACUUUUAAAUUUGGAGACAACACGGGAUCCAAAGCUACGAUAAUGUCAUCUUUCUCCUUCAUCUCAUCUUCAGUUAAAGGGGACUCCAAACCAGCAACCACAUUUGAAUUCAGCACAAAAAGGGAUUCCUCUGAUACAAGUGAGCCGACAAAGAAAAUUACCUUUGCCUCAAAUACCACAGGUGGUAUUAACAAUGGUGUCAGUGCCUCUCCACUUUUUACCUUUGGUAGUAAGGAAAGCAAAUUAAAUGCAGGUUCAGGCUUUGGAGCAGUUCCAUCAUCUACCCCAGCAUUUGGAGCCCCAGCCCCAGCCUCCAGUGCAACCUCUAAUUUCCAGUUUGGCAAGAGUAACCCCCCACCUCCAGCUGCAACGGCACCUGCACCUGCUUCUGCUUUUGGAAACCCUGCAUCAACAUUUGGAAGUGCAUCUUCAGCAUUUGGUAGCAACAACAAUAACAAUAGUUCUACACCAAGCUUUGCCUUCGGGCAGCCAGCAGAGAAAAAAAGUGCAGGAUUUGAUUUUGGCCAGGCAGCGAACAACACAGGAUCAUCAGGAUUCAACUUCGCAGGUCCAGGAACACAGACCACCCCAAGCAUUUUCCAGUUUGGCCAGAGUCAAGCCAAUAGUACUCCGUCGAGUGGAAUAUUCGCAUUUGGUUCUAACAACUCAGAUGUCUCAGCUCCAGCAUCUUCAUUUGGAAAUUCAGAUGGCAAUCCCUUUAACACCCCAGCUACUCCUAGUGGACGUGUUAUGAAGAAGGCAGUCAGGCGUGCCCGGAAGCAGUAAUGCCAAGUCUGGUAUUCUUACCAAAUUGUGUCUUUAGAUUAUUGUUUUUAUCUCUCUCUCUCUCUCUCUGUCUCAUGUAUAUUUUGCAUUUUUAGGGUUUAAAUUGAUCAAAAUGUAUUUAUUUAGAAAAGAAAGGUAAAAAAAAACUGCUGAGUAGUAAAUAAACAGUUACCGGUAAGUCAUAUUCUGUUAUUUCUGUAUUUUAUCAAGUCUUAUAUGUUAUUUUCCUAGAAUUCUGGUGAAAUUUAAUGCUUUAGGUUGCAAGGUUCAAGCACUUACUUAUAAUUUCAUUUCACCACUUACCAGCCAUUCAGGCAAUUGCUUUAUUUUAUAUGUUCAGUUUGUGAAAAUUUAGAUUCUACAAAGAUAACCUAAUUGGAUUGUUAAAUGGGUAUUUUUUAGGGGAGUUACAGAUAGCAAAAUAUUGCCACAAAUUUAUUGUUGUACAAGUAUACACACACAUGUUCCUCAUAACUAGAAAGGAAGAGAUUUAUUGGGAGUACAAGCAUUUUUUACCAGCGAAUAAGCGCUAAUACAGUAACUGAAAUAUGAAGUGAGUGUUAAAGUAAGGGAAAGGGAGUUUUGUAAAAAAUAUAUAUAUAUAUAUAAAUCUGUAAUCAUGUUAAAUAAAACUUCAGAUGAGAGAUGUGACUUUCAUGAACUCUCAACUGAAUAGGUGGUUUACCUUGAUUGUAUAUAUUUAGGAGUCCACACAGGAGCUGUCACAAUUUCAUUUUCAUUGCAUUGUAUCUAUAGAUAAGCAUUUCUGACAAUUUAUUUGUUUGAACUUGAAAUUGUGUGAUAUAUUGCACUUGACAGCAUCAAAUAUUUAUGUAAAACUUGUGAAUUUGGAUCUUGGCAUUUGCCUCUCCUGUGCAAUUUGUAUUUAUGUUUUCAUCCAGUGUGCCAAAUGGAUGAUAAUUUCAUAUUUUUCUGCACAAAUCCCGUAAUAUCUUAGAUAGGUCCUACUCAUGUAUGCAACCAGCAUUGUUAUCGCACAUGAGAAGGAAAGUUAUUUGCCUAUUGUGUUGCACAGGGAGAAACUUAAAUUAUUAAUGGCUUCAUUUUCACAAGACACAUGAUUUAGCUUUGGUUAAUCGAAGGUUAUAAAAAAAAAUAUUUAAGCGCUAUGAACAUUCUUUGUACAUAUGAGAGGCUUAGCCAGCCUUUCAGUAAUACUGUUCCUUGUUAGAGAGAACAUUGUUGAAUAUUUUAUAUGUUGUGUCCAUAUUGAUGGACGUGCUCUCAUUAGGAAUGUUCAUAGUUCUCAUGUCGCACAGAUCUAUUCUGAUGUCUUGCUAUAAAAUGGCUGUACAUUUUUAAUAAAUAGAUAGUGCAGAUGAAUUCUAGCAUUUUAUGUUUGGUGCUUGCUAUAGAUGAUUGAUGUUAUGGUAUUCUUUUAAUUUUUUAUUAUGGGUAAUCUUCUUACAGCCUUUUAACUUUUUUGCUGGCACUGCCCCUUAGCAUCAGUCAUCAACAGCACCCACCACAUGUAGUGUUGUUGCUCAUGCCAAAUGCAAGGCCUCUACGAGAUGCGGCAAACGUGCGCUUCAAUAAAUAUAUAAGUGAUGUAAAUAGUAUACCCAGGCAGGCUCACUCCUUAAAAUUAUACAUGAACACUUCAUUAGUGUGGUAUAUUUGACAGACAUGCUGUGUUAUUGGGAGGCUGCUGCCAUAACUACGUGCUAUGUGGUUGGUUGUGAGAUGCCAAGCGUACCGCCCCUUGUAUUGUCCUGUCUGUUGGAUCCCUGAGAAGUUUAUUAUUGUAAUUAGCCCUAUCAUUAAUAUUAUUUUAUAUCAAUGUGACUUUCACAUGUACAAAGCCGUGAAGUGUGCGUGUGUGAAGGAGUUAGACUGCUCAGUGUAUGUGUCUUCGGUUUUGCAUUACUCAGUGUGAGUGAAGUGUUCAAUAAAGGAGCAUUCUAUACUACAAAA